CAAAUAUCAAAUUUCCCGUCUGCAACCCGCAAGCCCUGUGGUAUCCCGUAUCCACUGCGCAGCAGACUAAAGAGCGAGAAUGACUUGAUCACGGAAUUUAAACACGAUCCUCCCACCAGCCUACAGUAAACAUCGACAACAUGUUGGUCAAUUCGGACAAAGCAGAACAAGCAGCAGAGGAACAGGCAAAUUCACGUCCGAGCCUUGGUCAGCCCCCUCCAAGUUACGACGCUUCGAAAGCGACCGCGGGUGAUGCACCGGUCCCGAUGACCGCGCCAGUUGGACCCCCUUUUCUACCUGCAACAGCAGCUACUUCCACGUCGAGUCCGUCGGACAAGCCCUUGAAAGACGCUGCUCAGCGACUCCAACUCGCAAUAGAAGAGUACAGAGCGGCCCAGGAGCAGUUCGGAGGUGCAGGUGCCAGUACUCAGAAUAAGCAAAUCGUUAGGGAACAGGAAGAAGCUAUUAUCCGAAAACUGAAGGAAGUCGGAGACAACUCGAAUGAAAUUCGCGUCAGGGAAUACUAUCAUAGGACAGCUGACCUCUUUAUGCGAGCAGCGCCGGAGAAGAAGAAGGGGAUGCUGAACGACGUCGGACGAGGAUUGGUGAUGCUUAUUGCUACGCCGCUUGCUCUAUGUGCUGCCUCAAUCGGGGCGGUGGGGGAUAUUUUGGCGGGGACGAGUUUGCUGAUCAAGGGCAUUGGGAAGACUGCGUUGGUCGUUGCAACUGGUGGUAAGAGUUUGAAGGGAAAGGGCAGGAAUUAGGGUACGACUCGAGCCAAUCCGUGUCAAUCCAGGUUUCUAUCUUUUCUUUGCAAACAUUUCACUGAAGGACGACGACCGAUUAUCGAAUAUCCUUCUAUCCCAUUCCAUGCUUGUCUGGCGACGCGCUGUAGUGAUACAAAAUUAUCUGGAAAGCAAGUCAUAAUCACCGAUGCAAUCACCCACAAAUAGGAUAUUGGUGUUGCGCUAGUUGUAUAACGAAACUCGCCGAUUUUUCAACGCUACGGUCCGCUCAAAAGUUUCUCUUGUGGUCUAAACCCGAACUCAAACUCGAUGAAGUUGGAAGUUGGGGAUUAACGAAGGCGUCUGAAAAUGAACUGAGUUGCCGCCGAACCCUCAAUGGGAUUCCCGAAAGUUCUGACCCUACAUAUGGAACGUCCCUUUCGACCACUGACUUUGACAAGCUGUUGCAGCAUCUGUUUGACGGAAGAAACAAAAGGCCCGAAGAUGGCGAGCAGUGACAUUCUUCACGACACCUUCCCGGAGAGGCGUCUGGAGGAUUAUUGAGUAGGAUACGUCAAACGCCGAAUCGUACUUACCAAGCUCAGAACUCGUAAGUAGCAUGCGCUUGUUCAGUGCGAUUCCGUAUCGGAUACAAUGCAAAAAAAAAACAGCCUUCUUCGUUAUCGAAGUGAGCCAUCGGCUCACAAGUCAAUAGUGUCGAAACGAUUGAGGUGUCAUUCAGUCAACCACUUUCUUCGAUUCUGAAUUUUAGAUUUAGGUUUGUAAUGACAGAAUCU